CCAGGGGCGGCGAGUGCUGGGUCGGCGCGGGCGGUAGGCAACGGCUAAGGCGGCGGCGGCGUGGGCUGGGCUCGAGCGGGCGGCGGCACCUCAGACUCCCGGGAGCUGGAGCCCACGCGGGCGGGCGCCUGAAACAAAGGGAAGCGAGAGUCAGGGCGCCGCGGGUGGGCGGUCAGUCGGUCAGCGCGGAGCCGGCCAGCGGGUGCCGCGCAAGUCCGGAGCCCGGCCGGCCGGCGCGGCCUCAGGGCGGGAAGAUGCCGCGCGUCGUGCCCGACCAGAGAAGCAAGUUCGAGAACGAGGAGUUCUUCAGGAAGCUGAGCCGCGAAUGCGAGAUUAAGUACACGGGCUUCAGGGACCGGCCCCACGAGGAGCGCCAGGCGCGCUUCCAGAACGCCUGCCGCGACGGCCGCUCGGAAAUCGCUUUUGUGGCCACAGGAACCAAUCUAUCUCUCCAGUUUUUUCCGGCCAGCUGGCAGGGAGAACAACGACAGACACCUAGCCGGGAGUAUGUGGACUUAGAAAGAGAAGCAGGCAAGGUGUAUUUGAAGGCUCCCAUGAUUCUGAAUGGAGUCUGUGUUAUCUGGAAAGGCUGGAUUGACCUCCAGAGACUGGAUGGUAUGGGCUGCCUGGAGUUUGAUGAGGAGCGAGCCCAGCAGGAGGAUGCAUUAGCACAACAGGCCUUUGAAGAGGCCCGGAGAAGGACGCGUGAAUUUGAAGACAGAGACAGGUCUCAUCGGGAGGAAAUGGAGGUGAGAGUUUCACAGCUGCUGGCAGUAACUGGCAAGAAGACAACAAGACCCUAGUCCUGGUUCCAAUUUAGGUGGUGGUGAUGACCUCAAACUUCGUUAAUUAGCACAGUAGAUGUGCCCACCUAUCUUUACAUUUACAUUGUUUCUAGUCAGCAGAAAUAAUCAUUAAAAGACCAGAAACUGUGA